GAUGCGGUGGUCGACGCCGUGACCGACAAGAUAUAUGAGGACUCGUUAAGACACGAAGACUUCUUCGGUGUCAACAAACUGUUUACAGUCCGACAACUGUUUGAAUCGAGAGCUCAUUUCGGGCACAAAACGGGAACUCUUAACCAACACAUGAAUCCCUAUAUAUUUGGCACUCGUUUAGGACUUCUUAUCCUAGAUUUGGAUCAAACGGCUCAACGACUGAGAGAAGCACUCAAUUUCACCGCUCAUAUCGCCUUCAGAGGAGGAAUCAUACUAUUCAUCAACAGAUCUCCAAAUACAACACAUUUGGUGGAAGAGACGGCCCGACAAUGUGGUCAAUACAGUCACUGUCGAGAGUGGAACAGCUCAGCCUUUUACGACUCUAAGAAGCAUUUCGGUGCAGUCACUCGACUCCCGGAUUUGCUUAUAUUCUUGAGUACAAUGAAUAAUGUGUUUGAAACACAUCCGGCGGUCACCGAUGCGGCCAAAGUUCUUAUACCGACGGUUGGAAUUGUGGACACGAAUAGCGACCCGACGCUCAUUUCAUACCCGAUUCCGGCCAAUGAUGACACUUAUUGUACGAUUCAAUUGUUUUGCCAACUCUUCAAGCAAUCAAUACUUUUAGGUCAAGAGAAAAGAAAAAAUGCAAGACUUUGGCUAAAAAGACAAUCAAUGGCACCGAAUACCGACAAAACUGAACAUCCGAACCGACCCUUCAAACAGAGAAAACCUUUGACGACGAGAAGGGAAGAGGUUUCUGGAAUCAGAGCUAAAUUUCCCACUAAAAUACCGGUG